AUGGAUGAUGAUUUAGCUUUCUGUCUUGGCCGAUUUAUUGAUGAUCAAAUUCAACUAAUUGAUGAUCGUAUUGAACACAUUAAAGAAAAAGAAAUUGAAGAAUGCAAUGAAAUUGAACAAGAACGAGCUGACAAUAUCCAAAAUCGACCUCCACCAAAAGAUAAAGGCUCACAUUAUAGAGAUAAAGCUCUUGUUGAUAAAUUCGUUAAAGAUCUUGGUCAAUGUAGUGCACAACCAAAGAAAGUAAGAGCAGUUACUGAUGAUCAAACUUGUAUAGAUUCAUUACGUGCAGAACUCUGGACAAAACUAACCGCAUCUACAAAUUAUAUCAAUCGAUUACAUAGUUUAGCUAAACCAUUACCAAAUACAGCAAAAUUCGUAGAAACAUGCCGUGAAACAGUUGAAUCUUUUAAACGACCAAGUGAUUUUGAUGCUAACUAUAAAGCAUUAUAUAAGAUUAUAGAACAAGAUGAAAAAGAACAAGUCAUUGAUAGUAUUCAAAAAUGGUGGAGCGAAAAAUAUGGAGAUAAAAUAGCUGAGAUUAAUCAACGGAAUGAUAGAUUUAAUAAAGCUAUUACUGACAAAAAUUUUGUUACUCUAUCAUCAAACAGUGGUGUAAUUCGAAAUGCAAAAAAACUUAUUGAAGUUAGAGAGGAAAUUAUUAUUGAACCUGGACACUUUGAAAUUGUUCGUGAAUUUGUUCGACAACUUUUAUUGUUCGACCAAGAAAAACGGGAACAUACUAAUGCUAAUGAACUUAGCAAUGAAUUAAAUAGUAGAACUAUUGAAGAAAUUAUUGAUUAUGCAGAAAGAUGGUUGUCAGAACGUGAUGAGAUUCGUAAUCGAAAAGAAGAAGAUCCAUUUCAAGAUAGACUAGACGAGGUUAAAGCAAAAUAUGGCCAACAACGCAUGGCUCAUGGAGCACAAAAACUUGCUGUAGCAGCACUUCUCUGUCGAUUAGCUGUUGGUUCAAAAAAUGAUGAACAAUUUAAAGAACAAUUGAAGAAUACUGUUCAUCAAGAAAAGGAAAGCGAUGAACAAAGUCUACCUGUAAUUUCUGGUGAUAUCAGUGAUCCACAGGUUGAAGAACUACCCGUAAUGUUUGAACUCAAAGCGGAUGCGGCUUUUAUGAAUCAAUUUAAAAAUAAUUCAAAUGAAGUUCAAGAACGAUUCAUUGAAGGCUUAUGUCAAGCGUUCUCUAUCCCGAGAGGAAAAAUUUGUAUGAAGAAUAUUGAUUGUGACAAAGCUAUUAUAUGUAUAUUGAUUUUACCACCUUAUGGUAAAAAGGUUGUCGAUAGUUUAAAUGGCAGUGCCUCAGAUGCUGUUGCUCGAAGGAAUGCAGUGAAUAGAUGUUUUAGUGAUAUUAAUGCAGAUGUUGAAUCAGUUACACUGGGUGAAUUUGCAUUGGAAGUUGAAGGUAGACUAAUGGAUCCAAGAUGGAAUAAGAAUUAUAUUUGGUCAUCUGAUAACCGUGCCGAAGGAGAGUAUUGGGCAACUCCAAUUAAUCAAGGUGGUAGACCUUAUUUUUGCCCUUCAGGUUGGAAACGUUAUGGUAUUAAAGUAGCCACAGAUGGCAGAGAAUUUGAUGCUAAGUGGGGUACUUGGAAUUUAGCAUACCAUGGCACACAAGGCGAGUAUGCAUCAAGCAUUAUUACUUCUGGUCUUAAAGUUAGCAUGAGAGGAUGUUAUUAUGCUAAAGGGAUACCACGAGUGUAUGUCUCACCUAGUAUUGAAUAUUGUGCUCAUCCAAGAUAUGCUUGUCCAUGGAAAAAAACGACGAAAAAUGGUGAAACAUUAUGGUAUCAGUUAGUGUUUCAAUGUCGAGUUAAUCCAGGUUCGAUCGACGCCAUCACACCCGAAACAAUACUAGCAAUGGACAAUAAAAACAAAGUAGUAAUAGAUCGAAAUUUCACAAAUGACCAGCUAGAGUGGACUAUAUUAGGUCGACCUAAUCAGGAAUUUAUUGCAGAUGAUAUUAUUUGUUACGGCAUGAUGCUGCGUACAUCAAGAGUCCAUCCAGCAACUUUGACACCAUCUAAAUGGUGGGUAAACUCGGAUUCUAGAUGUUACACCGAUGAAAUGAAACGUGAUAAUUCAUAG